AUGUAUCUGUUCUACAAUAACACAGGCGCAUUUGCUGUAGAUGCAUAUGAACCAGCACUAAUAAAGGCCAUGUUGUCCAGAAAACUGGAACAUGGUAAGGUUUACAGUAAAACCAGUCUAUUUAACCAAGAAGAAUUGGAAAGAAGUAGAGAACUGUAUGCAGCAGACACUACACAUCACCAUUUCGACCAUAGUGGUGGAAAUGAGGAACUAAGCAAGAUGUUUCCAAAUGUAAAGUUCUAUACAGGAACAAACACAUCUGAUUAUCAAAUAAUCACAUGCAUAAAUGCAAAGAUAAAAUGCAUUAAGACACCAAGCCAUACAAUGGAUUCAGUCUGCUACGUUGUGGAUGAUAGAUACGUGCUAACAGGAGAUUUCCUGUUCAAGUUGGGAUGUGGUAAGUUCUUUGAAGGGAAUGCCAGUAUGUUUGUGGAAAGUGUUAACAAAUUGAAGACUCAUGUCAGUAAGAAUGCAAUACUUCUGUAUGGCCAUGAUUACACCCAUUCCAACCUGGGAUUUGCUUACACCAUCCGUAAAUACACAAAUGAGGAGCUGUCCAAGAUCCUUAACACUGAGUUUCUGACCUUUGAAGAUGAACUGAAUUUGAAUGUUUUCUUAGAGGCUCAAAAUGAGAAGGAAGUUGAAAAAUUACGCAAUAAAAAAGACGCCUUCUAA